UCUGCCCAUUGUGCCUGGCGCGCAAGGGGCUAGUGUAUCCGGACCUGGAGAGUCCCAGCGCGAACCGGGAGCCGAGCGGAGGUGGAGGAGAUGGCUUCCCAGCCACCUCCUCCCCCGAAACCCUGGGAGACCCGCCGAAUUCCUGGGGCCGGGCCAGGACCAGGACCUGGGCCCACUUUCCAAUCUGCUGAUUUGGGUCCUACUUUAUUGACAAGACCUGGACAACCUACGCUUACCAGAGUGCCCCCACCUAUUCUUCCAAGGCCAUCACAGCAGACAGGAAGCAGCAAUGUGAAUACUUUCAGACCUGCUUACAGUUCAUUUUCUUCAGGAUAUGGUGCCUAUGGAAAUUCAUUUUAUGGAAGCUAUAGCCCUUAUAGUUAUGGAUAUAAUGGGUUGGGCUAUAACCGCCUUCGUGUAGAUGAUCUGCCACCUAGUAGAUUUGUUCAGCAAGCUGAAGAAAGCAGCAGAGGUGCAUUUCAGUCCAUUGAAAGUAUUGUGCAUGCAUUUGCCUCUGUCAGUAUGAUGAUGGAUGCUACCUUUUCAGCUGUCUAUAACAGUUUCAGGGCUGUAUUGGAUGUAGCAAAUCACUUUUCCCGAUUAAAAAUACAUUUCACAAAGGUUUUUUCAGCUUUUGCGUUAGUUAGGACUAUAAGGUAUCUUUACAGACGAUUGCAGUGGAUGAUAGGUUUAAGAAGAGGCUCUGAGAAUGAGGACCUAUGGGCAGAAAGUGAAGGAACUGUGGCUUGCCUUGGUACUGAGGACAGAGCAGCUAACUCAGCAAAAUCUUGGCCAAUAUUCUUGUUCUUUGCUGUUAUCCUUGGUGGUCCUUACCUCAUCUGGAAACUGCUGUCUACUCAUAAUGAUGAAAUAACAGACAAUACGAACUGGGCAAGUGGUGAGGAUGACCAUGUAGUUGCUAGAGCAGAAUACGAUUUUGCUGCUGUAUCUGAAGAAGAGAUUUCCUUCCGUGCUGGUGAUAUGCUAAACUUAGCUCUGAAAGAACAGCAACCCAAAGUACGUGGUUGGCUUCUGGCUAGUCUUGAUGGUCAAACAACAGGACUUAUACCUGCUAAUUAUGUCAAAAUUCUUGGUAAAAGAAGAGGUAGAAAAGCAGUGGAAUCCAGCAAAAUUUCCAAGCAGCAACAACCUUUUAACAACACAACACUAACUAAAGGAGCCACAGCUGCUGAUUCUUUGGAUGAACAGGAAGCUGCCUUUGAAUCUGUUUUUGUUGAAACUAAUAAGGUUCCAGUUGCACUUGAUUCCACUGGGAAAGGUGGAGAUAAACAAGAUCUUUGAUAUCUUUCCUGUUUGCCUGCAGUUGAACUAUACUUUUUAAAAAUUACUUCUUACAAAGAAAUUAAUCUACAAUCCAAUGAACACAUUUGUUAACGGCUAUUCCAGGUGUUUUGCUGCUAGAAAUUAUUAAAGCUGUACACUAGUGUGUUGGUCUGGUGA